AUGUAUGACAAGCUGGUUCACUUCCUGAACGAAAAAGCCAUACGUCAGCUUGUACUCAACGAGCCUCGAGGCCGGUGCUCAAUGAACACGAAUCUGAUUUUACCCCCUUGUGACCCACGAGCCAAUGCAGGGUUUUUGAUCAUGGAAAGCGAAGAAUACGCGCCCAUGUCGGGAUCUAAUACAAUCUGCACCGUCGCCGUACUACUGGAGACCGGCAUGGUUCUGAUGAGAGAGCCUAUCACCGAACUGACCCUGGAUACCGCCGCCGGUCUAGUCACCGUGAAGGCAGAAUGUGAAGCGGGAAAAUGCAAGAACGUGGCUCUUGACAAUGUACCUGCUGUCGUAUUCAAAUUCGACUAUCAAGUCCUGGUCCCUGGCUUUGGGGAGGUCUCUGUUGACAUUGCUUGGGGAGGAAUGAUCACACAGCUAAGUGAGAUUGGCGAGCGUAUCAAACGUGCGGUCCAAGCCUCUUACACGCCUGUUCACCCUGAGAAUCCCAGAAUCAAGCGAGUCAGUAUUCUGGAGCUUACUGAGCCUCACACACAAGAUGGCGGCUGUAAAGCUGCUACCAAUACUGUUGUUGUGUUACCAGGGCGCUUUGAUCGCAGCCCUUGCGGUACCGGCACAUGUGCUCGACUUGCCGUUCUGCAUGCGAGAGGUCAGCUAGCGGAGGGUGAGAUUUUCAAACUUCGCAGUAUUAUUGGCACCGAGUUUACUAGCCAUAUUCGAGGAAUCACACAAGUCGGCAGAUAUCAGGCUGUUCUGCCGACUGUUGCUGGAAGGGCUUGGAUAACUAGCUUCAGGCAAAUAGUUCUUGAUUCGAGUGACCCCUUCCCAGAGGGAUUCAGGGUGGGUGACCAGUAG